GCGGCACUGAUAGUUGUAAAUCGUCAAUAGUGGGAGUACGUCUCUAAAGAAUAAAUUUGACAGGUUGAAGUUUACAAAAUACACCAAAAUGUCGUGGGAAGGAUUUAAAAAGCAGUUUAAUAAAGCAAACCAGUAUAUGAGUGAAAAAAUUGGUGGAGCUAAAGGAACAGAACUGGAUGAAGAGUUUGUGGAGAUGGAACGGAAAAUUGAUGUGAUGGGAAAGUUGAUAGAUGACUUAAUUGGCAAAACACAAGAGUUUCUUCAACCAAAUCCAGCUUCCAGAACCAAAAUGAUGGUUGUGAAUAACUUCUCCAAAGUGCGAGGGACCACCAAAAAUGUUUCCUAUCCCCAGCCUGAAGGCACCCUGGGGGAACACAUGAUUAAACACGGCAAGGACUUGGGCGAGGAAAUGAUGUUUGGGGAGUGUCUACAGGAGGCUGGGGAGGUCUUCAAACAGCUGGCCGACCACAAGUAUGCCUUGGAGGACAAUGUCAAACAGAACUUCCUGGGACCUCUGGCAGAUCUCCAGUCCAAGGACCUCAAGGAGGUCAAUCACCACAGAAAGAAGUUGUCUGGCAGAAGACUGGACUUUGACUGUAAGAAAAGAAAGAAAGACAAAGAGGCUGGUGGAAAAUCCUCAGGGGCAAAUGUGACUGAGGAGGAAAUUAAAGCGGCAGAGGAAAAGUUUGAAGAAUCAAAGGAACUUGCAGAAAAUGCUAUGCACAACUUGCUUGAAAAUGAGGUGGAGCAGAUUGCCCAGCUUCAGUCGUUCAUCGAGGCCCAGAAGGAAUACCACCAGCAGGCCGCCUCCCUCUUGGAUGACCUGCUCGACAACAUCGAUCGGAAGCGCAAUGAAGCAGUAUCUAGGCCACGGAAAGAGUUCAUACCCAGAUCUACAAGUCGAGUUUCAGCCACUUCCAAUCACAUGUACGACACUGCUGACAGCUACAACUUUAACAAUUCUCCACCAACCACAAAGAAAGAGGCAUGUGCAAAGGCAUUGUAUGAUUUUGAGCCAGAGAAUGAAGGAGAGCUUGGCUUCAAUGAGGGAGAUAUGAUCAAACUCAUUUCCCAGAUCGAUGAGAACUGGUACGAGGGCUCGCUAAACGGACGGACUGGAUUCUUCCCUGUGAACUAUGUGGAGGUUGUGGUAGAUCUCCCUCAUUGAAGGACUGGGGGACAGACUUGUGGGGGUGGGGACAUCAGAUAACUCCCCACAGCUAAGGGACUUGUUAGUAUGUACUAAGUAGUUCAACUGUUAGCUUGCUGCUAUUUCUGUAAACUAAUAAAUGCCUUUCACACUGUCUGUGUGUAACACAGGGAGAUGUACGGUCAAGAAACAGAGUACCACGCAGACUCUGUUCAGAGUACUCAGGGCAUUUUUACAUGGUUACUAUUUUUGUAGAAUCUGACAGUCUUGGAGUACCUGUAUUUCUUUAUGAGAUUAUCUGUUUCUCCUGUUUCCAUUCUUUUUAAAAUUUGACCUGUUUAUUUUUGGUGCUUGUUAGACCUAGACGUACAUGAUAUAGAUGGUAUAUGUAUAUGAGAUGGAAUACCAGUGGUGUACUUUUUCGUGUGUCACGUUAAUCUUUUCUCUUGCCAGACCAAUCUGCACUGUAGGUAUAUACUAGUAUAAACAAACCUUCACAAUAAGUACUUGUUCUUCAAAACCUUGAAUUGUUGGCACUCUGAUAUACUAUAUACAGUAUGUGAAUCAAAUCAAUCUGAUAAAUAUGUGUGUUGCUAUACAGUUAUUAAAGAUAUAUAUUGUAUAUAUUCACAUUUAAAUUUAAUUUGCAUAGUCAUGACAAUGUAGAUAGUCAGUUCUUAUUUAUGAUUUUAUUAUGGAUACAUGGUAUCGGUCAGAUUUUGUAGUUUAGUCUGUGGGCAGCUGUUAGAGAGAGCUCAAGUUUAGAACCUGCUGGAUUGAUGUACCAUAUUGAAUGUACAUUUCAUUACUAAAGAUUAGUUAAGAUCCAUGUUAACCAAAGAAACAUGUAACCUCCAUGCUUACAUUGACCUCAUCGGAGGGAAGCUUAGAACCAAAUAAACUUGCAAGUGUGGUAUAUACAAUUCACCAACAACUUUAAGCCCACAGUUAUCAGUAUAGCUCUUGUUGUGAAUACCAUGAACAUUGAAAGAUAAUACUUUUGAAAACACUUGUCAUUUUAGAAACUGGGAUAAAAGUUUUCUCAUUUCUCUCUCCUUUUUUUGGCUAGAUUGCAAGCUUUAUGUAAUUGUACUUCCUUAUUACGCCAUAUAAGAGAUGACCAAAUAUGCAAAUUUUCAUUACUCCUGCAUUAAUUGAUGUCCCUGACCUACCCCUCUUCCUUUAUAUCUGCUGGUCAGAAUAGGAGCAGUCUGGCAGUUGGCUUUUUAUUCUCAUGAUGAAAAUAAGUUUGAUCAAAUUUUUAACCACAUAAUGAAACUAGAUUUUUUUCAAAAGUUGAAUUGUGUGUGAAUUGUGUUGUUUUUUAAUGGUUACUGGAACUAAGUCUUGGUUAAUUUAAUAACAGAAUUCAACAGAUUUCACUGCUUGUUUGGGGCUUUGAUUCAUCAGUUAGAUCCAGCAUUCAUUCUAGCUUACUGCAUGAUUCCAUUUUUGUUUGUCAUAAUAUUUUAUCAAAGGUUGAAAAAAAGAAUGUGUUUCUGUGAUAUGCUUGCAUCUCUGUCACCAUGAUAGUUUGUUUUAAUAGAUAGGAAUUCAUGUUAUGAAAAGUAUUUAUAUGUGUUGCACAUAUUACCGACAAGAUACGAAACCAUUUUAUUUGUUCAGGGUCAAUGAAAUGUACAAAGAAUUAUGAAUUUUAAUUUUCCACAAUAAGAAUCUCUAUGAGAAUAUAAUGUAGAAAUUUUUUUUCUGAACUGUUUGUAAAUUUUGCAGGUUUUUUUUUUUAAAUUUCAUGUUAUGUAGUAUAUUUUUUAUCAUAUUUUAAUUUUUGUUGAAGAAAUUAAGUGGAAAUUGAAUUGUUAUGAGAACCUGUUUUAAUUGGAAUUGUUUGAAUGGACUAUUGUGUGAGUAAUGUUAAUAAAGUAUCGUUAUAGAUAUAUGA